UCAGUUGAGUUCCGUCACAAGAACGAUAAAGAUGUCGGUGAACAGCGCUUGAAAAAAAAAAAACUCCGUGUUGUGAGUGACAGUCGAAAUUCCCGAAUACUUUUAAUUCAAAAAAAUUAAAAGUAUUUAACAAAAACAAAGUGUUUUAAAUUUUGGCUUUUUUUUUGUUGUUGAUACAUAACUUAACUGUGAAAUGAAUUCUAUUAGAAGUUAAAAGUUGUGAUUUUAAUUCGAUUUCGAAUUGGCUAAACACAAAAACAAGUAAAUUAAAUAUUGGUGAAGAAGUUCGUUUUACGUUUUUGGAAUUUAAAAAAAAAAUCAACAAAAACAGACAUAAUGGUGGAGAAAAAGAGUUAUUCUUGCGUUAAAACGGAUUCAGAUUUAGAAGACGAAGAAAACGGCAUCGCCUUGGCGAUGUCACCUAACAGACAAACAGCUAAGACCACAACGCCACGUGACAUCAGCGAUAGUCCCGAUGAACGUGAAACAUGGAGCGGCAAAGUCGAUUUCUUAUUAUCCGUUAUAGGAUUCGCUGUGGAUUUAGCAAACGUCUGGCGGUUUCCAUAUUUGUGCUACAAAAAUGGCGGAGGCGCAUUUCUUGUACCUUAUUGCAUUAUGUUAUUAGUUGGUGGUAUACCACUUUUUUACAUGGAAUUAGCUUUAGGUCAACACAAUCGUAAAGGUGCUAUAACAUGUUGGGGUCGUUUGGUGCCAUUAUUCAAAGGAAUCGGUUAUGCAGUGGUUCUGAUAGCAUUCUAUGUUGAUUUUUAUUACAAUGUUAUUAUUGCCUGGUCAUUGCGAUUCUUUUUCGCCUCCUUUACCAAUGCAUUGCCCUGGACGUCGUGUACGAAUUUCUGGAAUACAGAUGAUUGUAGGCCGUUCGAGCAACAAGCCAGCAUACCCUCCCUGCUGGGUUCCAACAUUAGCGAUAGUUUGCCCAAUUCAACAAUUACCUCCGAAUUCAAUACAUCACUGGCAAAUCUAACCAUAGCAUUGUCCACCACAACACCUGCCAGUGAACGUUUCCAAUCUGCCGCCUCUGAAUAUUUUAAUCGUUACAUCUUAGAACUAAAUCAAAGUGAUGGCCUUCACAAUUUGGGUUCAAUAAAAUGGGACUUGGUCAUCUGCCUGCUGAUAGUCUAUUUGAUAUGUUAUUUCUCUCUGUGGAAGGGCAUUGGCACCUCGGGCAAGGUUGUAUGGUUUACGGCCCUCUUUCCCUAUGUUGUGCUGCUAAUUCUACUGAUACGUGGCAUAACAUUACCCGGCUCUGCCAUGGGUAUUCAAUACUAUUUAAAUCCCAACUUUGAUGCUAUUUACAAGGCCGAAGUUUGGGUUGAUGCUGCCACUCAGGUAUUCUUUUCACUGGGUCCCGGUUUUGGGGUACUGCUGGCCUACGCAUCAUAUAAUAAAUAUCAUAAUAAUGUUUAUAAGGAUGCCCUCUUGACUAGUUGUAUUAAUUCAGCCACAAGUUUUAUUGCCGGUUUUGUGAUAUUUUCCGUAUUGGGUUAUAUGGCUCAUACAUCAGGUCAAAAUAUUGAAGAUGUUGCUACGGAGGGACCUGGCUUGGUAUUUGUUGUUUAUCCCGCCGCCAUUGCCACCAUGCCGGGCAGUACAUUCUGGGCUUUGAUAUUCUUUAUGAUGCUGUUAACAUUGGGAUUGGAUAGUUCGUUUGGUGGUUCAGAAGCCAUUAUUACGGCGUUGAGCGAUGAAUUUCCAAAGAUAGGACGAAACCGUGAAGUCUUCGUUGCGGGACUAUUUUCAUUAUACUUUGUAGUCGGCUUGGCCAGUUGUACACAAGGUGGCUUUUACUUCUUUCAACUUUUGGAUCGUUAUGCAGCCGGAUAUUCGAUUCUCGUGGCGGUAUUCUUUGAGGCUAUUGCUGUUUCGUGGAUAUAUGGAACCAAUCGUUUCUGUGAAGAUAUACGUGAUAUGAUCGGCUUCCGACCUGGUAAAUAUUGGCAAGUGUGUUGGCGCUUUGUGGCCCCCUUAUUUUUGCUUUUCAUCACGGUCUAUGGAUUGAUUGGUUAUGAGCCACUCUCCUAUGAAGACUAUACUUAUCCACGUUGGGCCAAUGCUUUGGGUUGGUGUAUUGCCGGCUCCUCGGUUAUGAUGAUACCCGCCGUGGCAAUUUAUAAACUAUGCACUACCCGUGGUACAUUGAAGGAACGCUUGCGAAUUCUUACCACACCUUGGCGUGAUCAACAGGUAUCGGUGAAUGGUGUUACAGCUGAUGCAACACAAGUUCGCUUAACCGAUACCAAAGAAGCAUCAGAGGUUUGAAAUCAACCAUUUGCCAGAUUUCAAAUUUAUUAUGUAUAGCAUUUAGAUAAAAAAAAAACAAAC